AUGGCAUCCGAUGCGGCGUCCCAGAUCACGGUGGGGGCUCUCAGCGCUAUAUUCGAUGAAACUAAGCCACAGGUCCGCGAGCCCAUCGUCCAGUGUGUUCAAGUCAAGCCCUUGCCGCCGCAGCCAACCCACGCGGAGCGUUACCGGGCGGUCUUCAGCGACAUUGCCAACUAUGUCCAGACUAUGCUGGCUACACAAGCGAAUCAUCUCGUGACAGACGGAUCACUUCGAAAAGGAUGUUUUGUGCGCCUCAAAUCCUUCCAAGCAAAUUCAGUCAAGGGAAAGAAAAUUUUAAUCAUCUUUGAUCUUGAGGUUUUGAAAGAGUUGGGCGAGGCUGACAAAAUCGGAGAGCCCAAGCCUUUAGAGAUCAAGGCAGAGGAAGAUGAGAAACCCCAAGCUACAACGAUCUCCAGCAACGGAUUCUAUGGGUCAAAGCCUGCAACCACACCGGCACCACAGCCGAAUCGUGCGCAGCCAGCCCGUGGUCCCUCAUCCUCUGCCCACGCCACCAUUUACCCUAUAGAAGCUAUUUCUCCCUAUUCAAACAAAUGGACGAUCAAGGCGCGCUGCACCAGCAAAUCGAGUAUCAAAACCUGGCACAACAAGAAUGGAGAAGGAAAAUUGUUCAGUGUCAAUCUGCUGGAUGACAGCGGCGAGAUUCGUGCCACUGGUUUCAACGAUCAGUGCGACAUGCUUUACGAUUUGUUCCAAGAAGGCGGAGUGUACUAUAUCUCCAGCCCGUGUCGAGUACAGAUCGCCAAGAAGCUAUACUCGAAUCUCAACAAUGACUAUGAGCUUACGUUUGAGAGGGACACGCUGGUAGAGAAGGCCGAGGAUCAAAGUGAUGUGCCGCAGAUUCGAUUCAAUUUCACCACGAUUGGGGACUUGCAGUCAGUAGAGAAGGACACGACAACCGACGUCAUUGGCAUCUUAAAGGAUGUGGGAGAGACUUCUCAAAUCGUGUCCAAGGGAACCGGAAAGCCUUACGACAAGCGAGAGAUCAAUCUGGUUGAUAAUACCGGGUACUCCGUUCGUCUCACUGUCUGGGGUGCCGGCGCAGUCAACUUCAAUGUGCCGCCAGAGUCUGUAGUUGCUUUCAAGGGAGUCAAAGUGUCUGACUUUGGAGGACGCAGUUUGAGCUUACUUAGCUCAGGCUCCAUGACGGUCGAUCCAGACAUCGCAGAAGCUCAUCGACUGAAGGGCUGGUAUGAUGCGCAGGGACGUACGGAGGCCUUUACCUCUCACGCGUCCUUGUCCGGUGCAACCAACUCCAAUAUGAAGGCCGAUCCUUUCAAAACCAUUGCGCAGGUUCGUGAGGAGCAGCUGGGCAUGUCGGAUCAAGUUGAUUACUUCUCGCUCAAGGCUACCGUCGUCUUCAUUCGUCAAGAUUCAACGUGGUGCUAUCCUGCUUGUUUGUCGGAAGGUUGUAACAAGAAGGUGACGCAGCUCGAUGCUGGCCAGUGGCGAUGUGAAAUGUGUGACAAGACUCACCCACGCCCCGAGUACCGCUUUAUCAUGCCGAUCAGUGUGAGCGAUCACACUGGCCAACUGUGGCUCAGUUGUUUCGACGACACAGGACGCCUGAUCAUGGGCAUGUCUGCUGACAAGCUCAUGCAACUGUGUGAAGACGAUCAUGAGGCAUUCCAGGCAGUGUUCCGUGAGGCUAACUGCCGCACUUGGAGUUUCCGGUGUCGCGCCAAGAUUGAUAACUUUGGUGAACAGCAGCGUGUCCGAUACCAAGUCUCUUCCGCGAAGGCCAUCAAUUACUCCGAAGAGGCCGCGCGCUUGGCAGAAAUCAUUAAUUCUUACAGCUUGAACUAG